GGUCAUCAGCUCUUUCUCAGAACAGAACCGGAGUCGAGCUCAGAGCCCAGUGAAGGUCCAAACCGAGCCCGGACAGACGUUCAGGCUGAACGGUAAGACCGGAAGUGUGUCGUUUAUGUUCAAAAAAUACCACAGAAACGUCACCGUGUGCGUUGUUCGUGUUUGGGUCACUUUUGCUGGAGUCUUCAGCGGCACCUCGGUAUUCUAGGAGCGGCUUUUACCUGAGUUUUUCGUUGACCAACAAUGACCACCCUGGAGGGCAGUGAGGUGCACAGCUAUGGCCCUGAUCUGCCUGCUGUCUUUGAUGGCAUGAAGCUUGCGGCAGUGGCCGCCGUCCUCUAUGUUAUUGUCCGCUGUUUGAACCUGAAUAGUCCGACUGCACCACCGCAGACGACCUACCAGGACACACUGCUCAGCCGCUAUGUCCUAAAGUCCUGCCCAACACUGACCAGAGAGUACAUUCCUCCCUUGCUGUGGGGGAAGAGCGGUCAUCUCCAGACAGCUCUGUACGGCAAAAUGGGGCGUGUGAACACCCCAACACCCUGUGGCGUUCGCAAGUUCAUCCCAAUGCAGGAUGGAGCCACAGCAACCUUUGACCUGUUUGAACCUGUCAAAAGCCAUAGCACAGAAGACGACAUUACCAUGGUAAUCUGCCCCGGGAUUGGUAACCAUAGCGAGCAGAACUACGUCCGGACCUUUGUGGAUUACUCCCAGAGGAACGGUUACCGCUGCGCUGUCCUCAAUCACCUGGGAGCCCUGCCUAAUGUGGAGCUCACCUCGCCCCGCAUGUUCACCUACGGAUGCACGUGGGAGUUUGGGGCCAUGGUGGGCCACAUCAGACGCUCCUUUCCGCAGACACAGCUUGUUGUUGUGGGCUUCAGUCUUGGAGGAAACAUCGUCUGUAAGUUCCUGGGAGAAAACCAAUCCAAUCAGGAUGGAGUGCUGUGCUGCAUCAGCAUCUGCCAAGGAUACAGCGCCCUCAGGGCCCAGGAAACUUUCCUUCAGUGGGACCAGUGUCGCAGGCUUUACAACUUUGUGCUGGCAGACAAAAUGAAGAAGCUCAUCCUUUCUCACAGGCGGAGUUUCUUGAGCAUGGCGUCCAGCAGAAUCGACGCCGCAGACGUGAACAGACUGCUUACAGCCACGUCUCUCCUGCAAAUUGAUGACACCAUCAUGAGGAAAUUCCACAGCCACAGCUCUUUAAGGGAAUACUAUGAGAAGGAGAGCUGUGUGCACUACAUCCACAAGGUCCACGUUCCACUCCUUCUGAUAAACUCCAUGGAUGAUCCACUGGUUCACCACUCACUUCUGGCUAUUCCACACACACUUGCAGAGAAGUUGCCCAACGUGAUUUUCGCCCUGACGCAGCACGGAGGCCACAUGGGUUUUUUUGAAGGAGCCGUCCUCUUCCCAGAGCCUCUGUCUUGGUUGGACAAGGUCAUAGUGGAGUAUUCAGACUCUAUCUGCCACUGGAGAAAGAACAGCUGCUCUAACAGAACAGCCCCCACCAGUACAUGAAGUCCUUCUACCAAGGCCCAGGGGUGGAUCUGAGCAGGUAACUCCUACAGUACGAUCAUCUCCAGGAACAAAGGAGCGUCAGAUCUGGGAUUUGGUGCUUCCAUUUCAGAACCAAGAGGUCUUUAGAUUCUUGUAUGCAUGUGAAAUAAGGAUAGAUUCUGGAUGCAGACUGGAUAGAGGAUUGGUAAAUCCCCUCAAGGAUAAUACUGGAAGAAUAGCUGCAGUGUUUUCAGUCUAAGUGAGGGAUGGACUUCAGCUGGACGGCCAAGGUCGUCUGUAAUCUCUCUGUAAAAGUUGCACACGUGUUCUUCAAAAUUCUCUGCUGACAAACAACUAGAUGAUCACCAACAAAUCAGAUGAAGCAAAACAUUUGAAGAAUUUCCAGCGUAUCAACUACACUGACUGUGCUGUCAUGAAAAGUUAUAGAUAUUUGCUUUAGAAAUACUUUUCUGAUUGAGCCGAUCCACAAACUGAUGGGUUUGUGGAUUUCCAGCUGUUGCUUUCCACAAAUCCUAAACACGUUAGGAUGAAAAUACUUGCGAAGAGAAUGUCGCUGUUUUUCAAACUCUGAGCACUUUAUACAUGCUUUAGCUCUGCACUGUUGCCGCUAUGUUGAAUGUUCUCUAUGCCUUCAUACAUUCAGUGUGUUCUGCUAAAUCUGAGGAGCAGUUCAUCGGUUCUAGUUUCAGUUUGCAUAAAUUAUUGUUGUCGCAAACAAUACCCGGUAAAACAUCAUCUAGAGCCAAACCGAACAAGAAAGAAAGGAGGGAAAGCACCUUGACUGCAGAUGGACUGUGGAAAGGAAAAGUUCACUGGAGUUUAAAUGACUUCAACUAAUCACUCAAUGCCAAAAUGUAUCAAAAUUAAAAGAGCAAAACUAAAAAUAAAAAAAGCCAUGUUACAUUCCAGAAAUCGAAAGGAAAUGUUGAUAAAAUGAAACAAAGUAUGAAAGCGGAAAAUGAAGGUAUUUGGUUAUUAUUAUCCAAAAGUUCAGUGAUUGCUCAAUCAACUCCUUACCACGGUCAGAUAAAACAUCCUUCUGCUUUCCCUCAAACGCCAUCAUCCAAUCAGUGAUUCCCAUAAUACCUUUCUUCUUAUUUAGUUUCAUAUAUAUUUCAUUUUGAUUACUGGGAAUUAUUUUUGAUUUCUGAAAUGUUUACGUUUCAUCUUUUUGCAAUUGUGUUUUGUUUUUUGGAAUUACAUUUUGGUUUUUGGAAUUGUGUUUUAAUUUCUAAAAUGAAUGUUUUCUUGUUAUUUGUUUUGCUUUUUAAAUUGUCGUUAUGAUCUUUAAUGUAUUUUUGUCCUGAAUGAGAAUGAGCUUCCGUAGUUUUAAAUAAAUAGAUAAAAGGAGAUGGAGGCUCACUCUGAGCUGCCUUUCUCAUGUCAUCGGGUUGGACUUAACGUCAUUAAACCAACAGAGGCAGAGAGCUCAGCUGGGUUCUGGCCCAAACAAAGAAGUGAUGAGAAAAGGAUUUUUAUGAAGAUUGUUUUAUUAUUAUUGUUAUUUUGUAGCCACAGGCCUCUUUUCAUUACUUCACUUCCCACGUUUUCUUUGAAAGAAAGCAUCUAGUCCGAAUUUUCCUUGUAAAAUGUUACCUUUUUACAUCUGAAAAAGCUCAAUCACAGUCUGCAGCAGCUAGACUGCUAUUGUCUUCACGUGCAAUAAGUACUGACUGUCAACGUCUCUUGCACUUUGUUUUUCUUAAACAUGCACUAGUUCCUAACAGAAAUCAUUUUUAAUGAUCAUAUUGGUGUUGUAUUCUGAGACCCUUCCAUUAAUAAAGUUUUCAUACUU